UAAUUGAGUGAGUCUGUAUAUUAAAUACGCAAAUCAUCAUCUUCCCAAUUUCGAAUCUCACACACCGAAAGUUAUUUUCGAAUCCACUAACGAAUCUUCCACAGCAAACACUUUUGUGUUCCUCUGUAAUUUCUCAGUAUAUAUAGAUACCAAAACAAGCAGUGAAAAAUGGCUAUGGCGAGUUUAUAUCGGCGAUCUCUUCCUUCUCCUCCGGCCAUUGACUUUUCUUCCGCCGAAGGCAAGGUACGUACGGAUCAAGUUUCGAUUUCAUGGAUUGCGAUUAUAAACUAGGUUUUUGGUUACGCGAAUUUUUCUGUGGUUCUGAUGAAUCACGAUCUCCAGACUCCAAUCUCGAUUUCGUUUUUGUUUUUGUCUUCAAUACUCAUGAGAUCUUACAAUUCGUUCAGAACUUGAAUCAAACGCGUUUUGUAAAAUUAGAUACUGGAUUUGGAUUUGAAUUGUGAAAACACAUAAUGUAGUCGUUGACAGUGAUCAUCACUUGUGAACCUUCUAAGCUAAUCUUCAAUGAAGCGCUUCAGAAAGGAACUAUGGAAGGAUUUUUCAGGUUGAUUUCGUAUUUUCAGACACAAUCCGAACCUGCGUAUUGUGGUUUGGCUAGUCUCUCAGUGGUGUUGAAUGCUCUUUCUAUCGAUCCUGGACGUAAAUGGAAAGGGCCUUGGAGGUGGUUUGAUGAAUCAAUGUUGGAUUGCUGCGAACCUCUGGAAGUAGUGAAGGAAAAAGGCAUUUCAUUUGGAAAAGUUGUCUGUUUGGCUCAUUGUUCAGGAGCAAAAGUUGAGGCUUUCCGUACAAGUCAGAGCACCAUUGAUGAUUUCCGCAAAUUUGUCGUCAAAUGCACGAGUUCUGAGAAUUGUCAUAUGAUCUCAACAUAUCACCGAGGUGUAUUUAAGCAGACUGGGACUGGUCACUUUUCACCUAUUGGUGGCUAUAAUGCUGAGAGAGAUAUGGCUUUGAUUCUUGAUGUUGCUCGUUUCAAGUAUCCCCCUCACUGGGUUCCUCUUAAACUUCUUUGGGAAGCCAUGGACAGUAUUGAUCAGUCAACAGGGAAACGUAGAGGGUUCAUGCUCAUAUCUAGACCACACAGAGAACCCGGAUUGCUCUAUACUCUGAGCUGCAAGGAUGAAAGCUGGAUCGAAAUAGCCAAGUAUUUGAAGGAAGAUGUUCCUCGUCUUGUAAGUUCACAGCAUGUAGAUUCUGUGGAGAAAAUCAUAUCAGUUGUGUUCAAGUCACUUCCAUCAAAUUUCAACCAAUUCAUCAGAUGGGUGGCUGAGAUCCGAAUUACAGAGGACUCAAACCAAAAUCUCAGCGCAGAGGAGAAGUCUAGGCUGAAACUAAAGCAAUUGGUGCUGAAGGAAGUGCACGAAACUGAACUGUUCAAACACAUCAAUAAGUUCUUAUCCACAGUGGGUUAUGAAGACAGUCUGACUUAUGCUGCUGCAAAGGCUUGUUGCCAAGGAGCUGAAAUCUUAUCCGGAAGCCCAUCAAAAGAGUUUUGUUGUCGGGAAACUUGCGUGAAAUGCAUCAAAGGUCCUGAUGACUCUGAAGGCACGGUGGUGACUGGAGUUGUGGUGCGUGAUGGGAAUGAACAAAAGGUUGAUCUGUUAGUGCCAUCGACGCAAACUGAGUGUGAAUGUGGUCCUGAAGCAACUUAUCCAGCAGGAAACGAUGUGUUCACUGCACUUCUAUUGGCUUUACCUCCACAGACAUGGUCAGGGAUCAAAGACCAAGCUCUUAUGCAUGAAAUGAAGCAGCUCAUUUCCAUGGCUUCCCUCCCAACUUUGCUUCAAGAAGAGGUAUUGCAUCUUCGACGGCAACUUCAGCUGCUAAAACGAUGCCAAGAGAACAAGGAAGAGGAUGAUCUCGCUGCUCCUGCCUAUUAGUUCAUUGUCCCAAAUCCUCUCUCUUCCCCAUUUGAAUCCCACGUUCUCAACACUUAAUUGUUAGAAAGUCUCUUUAUUCUCUGUACGAUUCAAACUCUAUUUGCAAUGAGAGAUAUAUGUAACUUGCAUUCUAUAAAUUGUUAAUCACAAUAAGUUAAGAAUCCUAGAAUCAUAUUUCAUCACACUC